AUGUCCUCCAAAUUUUCAGAAUGGAUAUCCCUAGUGGCGGAGCGGCAACUGAAUCUUCGUUUGACGUUGUUCAGCGGGCAGGUCUUCGUUUGGAAACCGAUGCUUGAUGGCGGCGACGGGGAGGUCUACUAUGGUGUUAUUGGGUCUACCGCUGUUCGACUCCGAGCGAAUUCUGAUCUCGCGAUGGUUGAAUUUUCCUGCUGUCCGGCUGGGCACGUGCAGAAAGCGGCAGCACAACUUCAGCAGUUCUUCCAAUUGGAGACCGACAUUGAUGCACUUUAUAGAGAUUGGGAAACGAGGGAUGAGAUCUUCAGGACUGUCGUUCGCAAUAAGAAUCUCCGCGGGUUGAGAGUGAUCAAACAAGAGCCAUUCGAGUGCUUGGUGUCCUUCAUCACUUCGCAGAACAAUAACGUGAAGCGGAUAAGUCUUCUGCUCAACACUCUUCGUCAGCAAUACGGCACACAUUUGGCGACGGUGACGGCUAGCGGUGACGAAGUGUUGGAGCUGUUCCAGUUUCCCAGUCUGCAGCAGCUUGAUACUGCUACGGAGGAGGACCUCCGGAAGAUGGGCUUUGGAUACCGCGCCCGUUAUCUCCGUGCUCUGAUCGAUAGCCUACAUGAUGAAGGCACCCUUGGGAAGCUCCAAGCUCUGGAUGCUUUCACGCGGGAGGAAGAGUGCCGGGAGUUCCUCACGUCCUUCGUGGGCGUGGGUCGAAAAGUCGCUGAUUGUGUUGCCCUGUUCUCGAUGCGAGGUCGGCAAAUCAUCCCCUGUGACGUACAUGUCAUUCGAUUAGCCUACAGGCAUUACAUGGGAAGCAAGAAACCUCCAACAACGGUGACGAACGCUGUACACGAAGAGAUCAACAACACUCUGAGGAGGAUCCUCGGGGAGUAUGCUGGUUGGGCGCACAGUAUCUUAUUCACAGCAGAGCUCAUGGCUAACCCACACGCUGAAGCCAACAAGACUUCGGUGAAAAUUGUGGUGUCCAAGAGGGGUGUCAAACGUAGCCGGCAAUGA